AUGUUCACUCUCAAUGUAUGUUUGGCAAUUAUCGUUUGUGCACUCUAUUGGAUGAUCUACUAUAUAAUGUUGGAAUUUAAUCCAUUGAAAUUAUUUUCAGUAAAUACUUGUGGUUUUCUAUCGUAUGCUCAAGUGCUGUGCACUUUCCAAGUAUCGCUUGCUUUCACAGUGGUCUCGAUCCAUCGAUUAUGUCUGAUCGCGUAUCCAACAAAAUUAUUUUUCAAAACGAAACGAUGGGCUACUAUUUGUGUGUUAAGUCAAUGGUGUGUUGGUGUUGUACUUUCAUUACCGAUAUUAAUCGAUCAAUCGUCUUGUACAACAGUCAAAUGGAAACGAAUCUACACAUUGAUUCUGGUAGUCAUUAUUCCAUCGUUGAGUCAUGUGAUUAUCAAUAGUAUCAUAGUCAAAUAUGUCCGUGCAUCAUCGCUGCGAGUUCGACCAGAAAUAAGAGCAACUCAAAUCAGUAUGAUUAAUCCCACUAAUCAGAACCAACCACGAGCACAACAUCAGACUAAAAUCAGUCGGCGCGAUGUUCAUCUUCUUCGACAUAUGAUCUUCAUGUUUUUUAUCUUCGUUGGUGGAUGGAUGCCUAUCUAUGUGAUGACAGUUGUCAUGGCUUGCGCGAUUGGCGCAGCAUCAAUCUCGGAGAACAUUCAUCGACAAAAGAGAGACAAUUUUGGUUGUGAUGCCUUCGUUACCAGUUGCGGCUCAAAGGGCGCUUGCUGUGAUGUGCAUGAUCAAUGUUACAAAGAACAUGGUUGCACAUGGGCGAGUUGGCUCUACACCGAUUCGUUAGUAGCUAGUAUCGAACAAUCAAUAUUAAGUAUGGAGGCGAGCAAGCUACUUGCGGAAAAGUUCAAUUUAGCAAGUGCUGCCGUGAUCGCAGAUAGUUUACAACAGGCGAAAAAAAUUCGUGAUCAAAUGGUUGCUUGUCGACAAUGUAACAAUGAUGCCAUGUCGUGUGUCGUUAAUUUAAACCCUGGUCCAAGUACAUGUUGUACAGCUAAGACAUGCGGUCAACCGCGAACCAAUUGA